AUGAUGGGUACCAACCCCAAGCUCGAGCCGAACGUGUGGCUGGUCGUGCUCGACCUCGAGGCGACCUGCGGCCUCGACGUGCCAUGGUACGAGAAGGAGAUCAUCGAGGUCCGCGCCAUCGUCGUCUCGGUCGUGCAGCAGACGGCAAUCGCCGAGUUUCACGCGUACGUCCGGCCGGCCACGUAUACGGCGCCGCUGGACCCGCUCUGCCUCUCGCUGACUGGCGUGACGCAGGCACAGGUCGAUGCUGCGCUGCCGUUUCGCCGCGUGUGGAAGGACCUCGUGGCGUUCUGCGCGCCGUACGAGCGCCAUGGGCUCGUCGUCUCGGUCGACGACUGGGACGUGACGACGAUGCUGCCGGCGCAGUGCGCCCGCGACGAGGUGCCGCUGCCGGCCUUUUUCCGCCGCCAUAUCACGCUCAAGAGCGUGUGCAAGGACGUGUUUGGAUCGACGCCCGCCGACGUGAUUGCGAUCUUGCUGCGCUUGCAGAUGCCGUUGGCCUGGUACUACGAUGGCGGGAUCACGUACGGCCGGCACCUGGUUGCAAUUGUGAUCCACCUGCUCACGAAUGGUGUCAUCUUUGAGACCGAGUCCCAGCGCAAGCACCGCCACUACUCGAUGCUGGCGCCGAGCACUGACGUGGCAGCGCUGUUGCCUGCCACGUCGUCGUGA